UGGUGGAUAUUUACGGUCUCAUCCUUUGCGUCAACCCUUUGAAGAUGAAGAAAUUGCAGCAGUCAUGGAGGCAGCACAGGGGGUUGAAGUGGAAGCUCGAAAUAUGUUUGUUAUUGUCGUUUCUCCUUCUCCUUUUUUUCCUUGUGUCCAGCUGUUCCUCUGUGUUGUGAGUUGGGCAGGUGCCUAGCCCAUGACAACGAUAAAAAAAAAAAAAAAAUCAGUGGCGCCUAACUGCCAUUCAAACCUUACGAGUAACUACCAUUCUUCUUCUUCUUCUGACUAAAACUAACUGAGUCGGAAGCAGAAGAACCACAAUGCACUCUCCCUUUCUCACUGCAACGCAUCUGCCAUGCUCAAAGGCAAGCUCAAGCUUCCACGUCCACUUCCAAUUCCCGACCAGCUUGGCAGCUUGAUUGCUGGAGGAUCAGAAUCCGAAGAGUUCGAGUUUGGCGAAGAGCUGGAACCGAUUCAUCCAGCCGCAUUACGGUUGCACAGAGAGAGUGAUGAUGCUGAGGAAGCUAUAGAUAACGAUGAUGAAGGUGGUGGUGGUGGUAAUGGCAUGGACCAUAAAACCCGGCAGAGGCUGAGUAAGGACACCAUUAAUCGGGUUUCGGUUUUGAAGUCCACUUCAGAGGAAGAGAAAAGAUCUGAUUUAGAACAUGAGCUUUCUCAAAGGGAGAUUAAUUUGGAGAAGUUGCAAAGAAUUGCUAGCACUGGUAUUCCUGAUGGAGGAGGUUUGCGUGCAACAGCGUGGAAGCUUCUCUUGGGUUACUUACCUUCAUCUCAGGACCUGUGGGAGAAGGAAUUGAAAGAGAAUAUACAAAAGUAUUCUAAUCUGAAAGAGGAACUUCUCCUGAAUCCAUCAGAACAUAUCUGGAGGGAAGGCAAAGAAUUAAGUUCCGCGAACCAGCACAAGGAAGGUGACAGUGAUGGCCUGUUACGGCGACAUGAAAUUUCUCAGGAAGAUCACCCUUUGAGCCUGGGCAAGGCUAGUCUUUGGAGUCGGUAUUUUAAGUACACAGAGACAAUAGAACAGAUUAAUAGAGAUCUGCAGAGGACACAUCCAGAUAUACCAUUCUUUUCGGGGGAGUCAUCAUUUAGUCUUAAAAAUAGGGAAGCAAUGAAGAAUAUCCUUCUCCUGUUUGCAAAACUAAAUCCUGUAAUUUGUUAUGUGCAAGGCAUGAACGAAGUCUUGGCACCAAUAUACUAUGUAUUUACUAUUGACACUCACAAGCAAAAUGCUGUGAGUGCAGAAGCAGAUAGUUUUUUUUGUUUUGUUCGAGUCUUAGGGGACUCAGUGGAUCAUUUCUGUCAGCAAUUGGAUAAUAGUUCAAGUGGCAUCCUUUCUACUCUUUCUCGUUUGUCAGAUUUACUGAAAGUAAAUGAUGAGCAAUUGUGGCAUCAUCUUGAGUUUACAACAAAGGUUAAACCACAAUUCUAUGCAUUCCGAUGGAUUACACUGCUACUCACACAAGAGUUCAAAUUUGAGUCUAUCCUGAGAAUAUGGGAUACACUUCUGAGUAAUCCUUUUGGUGUUCAGGAUAUGCUUCUUCGUGUCUGUUGUGCAAUGCUACUUUGCGUGAAAAGCAAACUCUUGGGUGGGGAUUUUGUGGCUAAUUUGAAGCUUUUACAACACUAUCCUGAGGAUAUCAACUUAGAAUACCUUCUCCAGAUAAUAUUUGCUCCGAAAAUUAUCUAAAACGAAUGAUUCGGGCCUGAACGUGAGAUUAAGACUCUUUCUGCUGUUGUGUCUGAUGUCUUCCUUGGAGUAAUGAAGCCGUCUAACGUCUUUAAGUGAGGAUGGGGAGAUGGUACUUGAAAGGAACUCUAAUGCCUAUGUCUGUAAAAGUUUAAUGUAAGCUUUGAGUUAUGAGUUGAGAAAUACCUCCUGAGGGGUAUUUAUAGUUGGAAUGGUGGCUUAGUGUUCACUCUUGUAAUCUCAACUUUUUUUGGUGGGUAGUUAUCUUCUCUUUUUGUCUUGGAGUUGUUAGGAUCUCGUAUUUAAAUAUAUGAGCAUUUUAGUAGGAUCAGUUAAGAUUCUGUAUGUUAAGUCAGACUAAUGAGAUUGGACAUAUUGAUGAGGUGAGUUUGGAUUCUGUAGAGUAGGCUUUAGUCAUUUUAGACCCAGUUUUGAGUUGUGGGUUAAGGUAUGAAUAGCGUCCCUGCUCGAGACCGAAUUCUUGUAAGUCUGGCUCGAGCAUUCAACCAAGUCAUUCUUGAAUCUUACUAUUGUCGCUCGCACAAGUUGGCUUUUCGAUGUGCUCUGUAGGCCCAAGUCGGCCGACUCGACAUGAUUUUGAAAUAAUGUGAUGUUACACUUCUUCGUAACUGUUUGUGCGCUUUUUAGUUGCUUUGUUAAUUGUGUCCAUCAUUCAAAUAAGAGUGAGAUG